UCCAUUCCGUAGCUCUCUCUUAUGAUAACGGAAAAGCGCGGCGACAACGCUAGCGCUCUCCAUCUCCGUGGUAAGUCCACAGCAUACCUAAACUACUACCGGUACUAGAUAGUGUAGGACUAUUGACUAGGAUAGUGUAGGUGACGACGUAAAAGGUACCGGUACGGUGCUUGUCAUCUUGUUGUUAUUUGAAAUAUAUGGUUGAUGCCCUUUCACAGUCCAUGCAGUCACUAAUUUCAGAAGUUGUUCAAAAGAAAAGUCUCAAAGUUGAGUUUAACCUAUUUGUACUGGUAUUGGUACGGUACCGGUACCUGGUGUGCGCCCCUGGCUCCUCCAUUACGCCUGUACGUGUUGCAGAGUUUGACGACUUCAUGAUGGGGAAACUAACUAAGUUCAAAAUCCACUUAGUUGAUGAUAAGGAUAUAUACCAUUCGGGAGAAGAAGUCGUCGGUGAGGUGAAAAUCAAAUUAUCAGAGGCAAUGCAAAUGAAAGGGGUGAGGCUAACUUUCAGCGGAAAAGCCCACGUGGAUUGGGAAGAGGGAAGUGAUGAUAGUAAAAGCUCUUACUGGGCAACUCAAAACCUCUUUUAUAAAGAAAUAUAUGUUUAUGGACGAGGAAGCUCUGAUGCCAAUGAUACUGUUGAACUUUCACCUGGAUCACAUACAUUCAGCUUUAACUUCACACUUCCUCAUGCACUGCCAUCAUCUUAUGAAGAUUUUGGUUGUUUCAUAAGAUAUUUUAUCAAAGCAUCAAUAGUCAAGCCAUGGAAAUUUGAUCACAAUACAAAGAAAGUUUUCACUGUUCUGGAUACCUUGGACCUCAACACAAUUCCAACAGCCCUGGCUUCACCAGGGGAUUCUCAGAGUAAAAGCUUUUGUUGCAUGUGCUGUACAAGUGGACCAAUCGAACUUGAAUUCUAUUUGGAUCGAACGGGAUAUGUUCCAGGGGAAUUUAUAACUAUAAAUGCAAAUGUUACAAAUUCAAGUGAUCGGAAUCUUACCAAAACAACAGCGGAACUUUAUAAAGACAUAACCUAUCGUGCACAAGGACGUGAAAAGAAGGAAUUAAAGUUUGUUACGAAGAUCACCGGAGAUGGUUGUCCUCCCAAAGAAAGUCUUACAUGGACAAACAAAAAGAUGCAAAUUCCCUCUCUGCCUCCAACUGAGUUGAGACAUUGUGACAUCAUUGAUGUAGAAUAUUUGGUUCAGUUUACAGUUCACACUCCAGCAUUCAGUAUAAGUCUACGUGGGAAGGCUCCUAUUGUCAUAGGAACGGUCCCACUCAGACAUCUGCCAGAAUAUAGAAGAACAGAAUCAGAAACGAUUGCAGUAGAAUUUUCCAGAACACCUCCACCCUCGUUCUCAACAUUACCUGCAAAUGACUUGGAUGUAACUUAUAAUAAUUUUCCUCCCCCACCAUCAUAUGUGGCCGCUACACAAGGAAGUACAAAUGUUCGUGACAAUGAUGACAAUGAAUUUACAAUGGGUGAGAUGUCGUAUACUCCACACUACACAUAUUAUGACUGGGGACAAACUGAGUUAACUGUUGAUGACAGCAGGCUUUAAUAUAUAGAGAGAAAUUUUAAAUUUAAUUUAGUGAAUUUGUUUUCUCACAAAUUUAAUAAUUUGCUCGUUUGUAAAUCAUUGAAAUUGAUGCAAUAUAUGUUUAUCACUCAAUAAUUCAUCAUUUUAUAAUUUUGAAAUCUGGUGCUAUUUCUUUAUCAUUUGCAAUUUUUUUUCAUAUUUUUCGAACUUGUUAUUUUCUUAUAUCUUUAACAUGUAUUAAUAUUGUAUCUGAAAAUAUCGUGGUUUGUGUGACUAUUUUGUAGAGAGAACUAAAUUAUUUUAAUGGACCAAAAAUGUUUAGUCAUUUAUGUGAUUUCAAAAUAAUAAUCAAUUUUAAGAAAACGAUGGCUACCAUAUAUGCCAAUUGGGAUAAAAUAGGCUUCCACGCUUAAAAUAAAGUCUUCUUUUAAUAAUUUUACAGUACUUUCUAUUAUUUGGUGUACUUCAGUAAUACUUAUUAUUAUUAUAGGCUACUAGCAAAACAAAUGACACAAGAGCAAUUUUUUUUAAUCAACUAACAAAUAUAUGACCAUUUUUUUGAUAUUUUUUCUUAAUGAUUUUAUUAUAACUUAGCAAUAUUUAAUAUUCUAACCCAGAGUUUUCCAAAUGGACAGAACAAGGUGAAAAAGUGUUUACAAUAAACAUCCAUGAGUGAGCCAUGAAAAU